AUGGCGACUUUCCGAGUUUCGAAUCUCUUUAAUCGUCAAUUAUCAUCAAUCAUCAAUAAUAAAAGCAUCCCUUUAUUCCCAAAAAUUUUACGUGUGGACAGCCUCCUUCCUUAUUCUGCUAUUUUCACGAAUGUAUGGCGUGAAACCAUAACGAUAAACACAGGCAUUUUAGGACAACUUUUCGGUCCUUUUUUGUGGGCGGUACCUAAACAAAGAACUUCGCAUAGUAAAAAACGAAUUCGAUCAAUGGCUAAUAGUUCGCUUAAAGAUAUUUCAAAUAUCGGCGCGUGUCAAGCUUGUGGUCGUCACAAGUUAACUCAUCAUUUUUGUUCUUUUUGCUAUGCGGAUUUUCGAAGACGAGCGAAAAAAGAGCGGCAGAUGGCUCAAUCUGAAGAUGAAUGA